AUGUUGGACUACGCAAUUUUUGUCAUCACGUUUGUGGUCUUUCUGAUAGCUACCGUGUUGUAUCUGUACCCGGGCUUAAAUAAAAUCACCACCAUCCCAGGAUUAGAGCCAUCAGACCCAAAGGAUGGUAACCUGGGUGAUGUAGGCAGGGCAGGCGCUCUGCAUGAGUUCCUACUGAAGCUCCAUGCAGAGUACGGAGACAUUGCCUCCUUCUGGUGGGGGCAGCAGCUGGUGGUCAGUCUGGGGGCGCCGGAACUCUGGAAACAACAUGAACGCAUCUUUGACAGGCCACCUCUGCUUUUUAAGGGGUUUGAGCCUCUGAUUGGUGCCAUGUCUAUCCAGUAUGCUAACCAUGUGGAUGGUAUGACCAGGAGGAAGCUGUAUGACCCCAGCUUUGGGCAUGAGGCCAUGAAACAUUAUUACAGCAUCUUCCAAGAGUUGGGGCAAGAGAUGGCUAAGAAAUGGGAGACUAUGGAGGGUGAUCAGCACAUCCCCCUCCACGCACACAUGAUAGCCCUGGCUAUGAAGGCGAUCACUCGUAGCUCCUUUGGUGACUCCUUCAAGGAUGAGAAGGAGUGUGUUCAGUUCGGCAGGAACGAUGACAUUUGCUGGAAUGAUAUGGAGGAGAGGGUCAAGGGAAGUUAUCCUACGGAAGGAAGUCCCAGGGAGAAAAAGUUCCAAGAAGCACUGGGAAAGUUACACACUACCAUUCGUAGGGUAGUAAAGUACCGUCGAGAGAACCCUCCCCCACCCCAGGAGCAACUCUUCAUCGAUGUGCUCAUUGAGGGGGACUUGCCCGAGGAGCAGGUCUUGUGUGAUGCUAUGACAUUUAUGGUUGGAGGAUUCCAUACUUCUGGAAACUUGCUGACAUGGGCCCUGUACUUCAUUGCCACUCAUGAGGAGGUAGAGGAGAAACUGUACCAGGAACUGAGCGAUGUCUUGGGGAAGAAAGGAGAAGUCACCCCUGACAACAUCUCACAACUAGUGUACCUACGUCAGGUUCUUGACGAGUCGUUGCGCUGUGCCGUAAUCACCCCAUGGGGGGCACGUUACAUGGACUUGGAUGCUGAAAUCGGAGGCCACAUUGUGCCAGCCAAGACCCCAGUUAUUCACGCUUUUGGAGUUGUUCUCCAAGAUGAGAGGAUUUGGCCAGAGCCAAACAAGUAAGUUUAAAAUUUUAGACAUUUCGGUGGUCAAGAAAAUAGCUAGUUG